UAACUAAAUAAACCUUAACCUAAAUAUCUACUAACACUUUCCCUCAAUUUAAUUUAAUUAGUAACAAUGGUAAUGACGUUUUCAAUUCCCUCCUUUCAAUGACCCCAAAGUGUAAGAAGUGAUUUGGACCGUUUAUAAAGCUUCCGACAUGUUAAAACCUGCUCGUUUAAUAUACCGACGCAACUGAGCAGCGCAGCACGUCACGUCACAUAACGGCACCUCGCUCGCGUUGUUUACGGGAUCGUAUCGAGCCAAAAGACGAAAAAAAGGGAGGAGCUGUAUCCAUCUGAUUAAGCUGGAAGACACAGAACAGAUGUAAACAGACUGUCACCAGGUCAGACCACAGGGGUCAAUAGAAGACGUACAGCCUCCUUGUGUGUAACCUGCACCCGACAAGACUCCUGCAGCAGGCUGCACAAAUGGGGCCUCCAUGGUGCCUUAAUGAAAGUAAGAAAAGAAAAAGGUGAAUACUGUACUAAUCUGUGUACACAAUAUGAUUGAUUUCACUGAGGUCAAUUUACUUGGCUAUUAACUGUAGAGAAUCCCUCCAUGAAUAGAUAUUCUAUAUGUAUGUUUUGGGGAAACAGUCUCGAUUGCUACAGUAUUGGUUAAAUUAUUUUUUCUCGUCAAAGCAGUGACAUUUCUGUUCAUGGAGUGAAGGAUCAAACUGAUAAUUUGCUUGACGUCUUCCAAAGCUUGGAGGAUUUAGUGAGACACAUUCAGAACUUAGCAGAUUCUUCCCUGGUCAUGAGGGAAGCAAAGUCUUCACAUGUUUAGUUUGUGAAGAUAAAAUUAGUUUUUUGCUGUUGUUUUCCCAUGAAAACUGAUGCUUUGUGGUGCAUAUAAAAUUACAACUAAAACAAUUAGUAACAAAAAUAAUUUCCCACGAGUUUAAGCAUAUUGACCUCAGUCAUAUUGUGUUAAACCAUCAAAAGAAUGCACCAGCUACACGACACAGGUUAGUAGAGUAUUUAUCUAUUUCUUUUCUUACUUUCACGCAGGCUUCACAUUAGCCGAACGACCUGGUAAUGUGUCUGAACAUGCUGGUAACACAGCACGUGGUUGUUUGGGUUGGCUGUCAUAGCAGGUAAAGUAGUCAGGACCGCAGCUCCCAGAAAAUCCAGUAACUUAGUAUUGUAACGAGAACGAGUUUCAAGUCUUACUUUUUUUCAGUUUAUUUUCAGUUUUUUUUUUUCAGGUUCAGCUCUCCAUUUUUCAGGUUUGGUCUUGGGAGCGGGACUAACACAGAGAACGUCUUAUGGACACGUUGCCUGUAGGAACUGUGGAAACUGGGUUAAUUAUUAUUAAGAUGAGUGAUGAGGAAGAGGACACAGCAGAGUCUUCAGGAUCCAGAUGUCUGCCUAUGAAAAGUGACUUGUCCAGAUGUGAGCAGCCAUUGUUAAGUCCUGAACCUAGGACCUUAUACACAAAAGGUCAGAACCACAGACAAGGAGCAGAACAUCUGGGACCCAGCUGUUUGUCUAUGACGAGUGAGUGGUCCACAAAAGAGCCUCCAAACUUCAAUAAUAAAUCUGCAGCCUCAAACACAAAAGAGAAGAGGUGUCAUGUUUCUGUGGAGGAGCAGGCGUCCUGCUGUGCUGUGUGUCAGGAGGUUCUGAACGAUCCAGUCUCUAGCAGCUGUGGACACUGGUUCUGCAGACAGUGCUUCACCUCAUACUGGGACCCGUCUGGACCCUCAGGAGACUCUUCCUGUCCCCAGUGUGCAAAACAAACCAAAACCAAAACUGGACUGCAGACAGGCGGUCAGACCAGCACCGUCCAAACAGAUGUUGCUCUGCAGGAGGCUUUAGAUGAACAUAAGCUCAGUCUGAGGAGCAGAUGUGAACGUGUGACUGAAGGAGGUGAAACAGGAAAUGGAGUCCUCCUCACCAGCAUCUACACUGAGCUCUGCAUCACAGAGGGACAGAGUGAAGAGGUGAACACCCAACAUGAGGUGAGGCAGCUGGAGACAGCUUCCAAGAAGAAGACCCUCCAUGAGGCUCCCAUCAAGGUCCACCACAUCUUUAAAGCCUCCUCUGACCCACACGGACCCAUCAGACUGGUUCUGACCAACGGCGUCGCUGGCGUUGGAAAAACCUUCUCGGUGCAGAAGUUCACUCUGGACUGGGCCGAGGGCCGGGAGAACCCAGACGUCAGUGUGCUGGUUCUGCUGUCAUUCAGGGAGCUGAACCUGAUCAGAGAUCAGCAGCACAGUCUUCUCACGCUGCUCCAUGUUUUCCAUCCAACGCUCCAGAAGGUCCCAGCAGAGCAGCUCUCUGUCCUGAGGCUUCUGUUCAUCUUUGACGGCCUGGAUGAAAGCAGACUCUCACUGGACUUCAGCCACAGGGAGCUGGUGUCUGACGUCACACACACGUCAUCGGUCAACGUGCUGCUGACCAACCUCAUCCAGGGGAACCUACUUCCCUCGGCUCUGGUCUGGAUCACUUCCCGACCCGCAGCGGCCCAUCAGAUCCCUCCUACGUGUGUGGACAGGGUCACAGAAGUACGAGGGUUCACCGACACCCAGAAAGACGAGUACUUCAGGAGGAGAUCCACAGAGGAUCUGUCCAGCAGAAUCAUCUCACACGUCAAGACGUCCAGGAGCCUUCACAUCAUGUGUCAGAUCCCAGUGUUCUGCUGGAUCACUGCUACGGUUCUGGAGCACAUGUUGACUACAGAGCAGAGAGGAGAGCUGCCCAAGACCCUGACGGACCUGUACUCACACUUCCUGCUGGUCCAGACCAAGAGGAAGAGAAACAAGUACCAUGAGGGACAUGAGACCAGUCCACAGGAGCUGACGGAGGCUGACAGGGAAGUUCUCCUGAAGCUGGGGAGGCUGGCGCUCAAACAUCUGGAGGAAGGAAACAUCAUGUUCUACCAAGAAGACCUGGAGCAGUGUGGUCUAGACAUCACAGAGGCCUUGGUUCACUCAGGAGUCUGUACUGAGAUCUUCAGGAGAGAGAGUGUGAUCUUCCAGAGAACAGUCUACUGCUUUGUUCAUCUGAGCGUUCAGGAGUUUCUGGCUGCUGUUCACAUGAUGCACUGUUACACCAGCAGGAAGAUGGGGGAAGUGGAGGAGUUUCUGGGUGAAGGCUGCAAUAACUCAAAGUUAGAACACCUCUUGCAUAAAUCCAUGUAUAAAUCCCUCCAGAGUCCAAGUGGUCACCUGGACCUGUUUGUUCGCUUCCUUCAUGGCCUCUGUCUGGAGUCCAACCAGAGAAUCUCAGGAGGUUUGCUGGGUCACACAGAUAAUAGUCCAGAAACAAUCCAGAGAAUCAUCAAGAAUCUGAAGGAGAUGAACAGUGAUGGAAUCUCUCCAGACAGAAGCAUCAACAUCUUCCACUGUCUGAUGGAGAUGAACGACCACUCAGUCCAUCAGCAGAUCCAAGAGUUCCUGAAGUCAGAGAAUAGAUCAGAGAGACUCUCUGUGAUCCAGUGCUCAGCUCUGGCCUACAUGUUGCAGAUGUCAGAGGAGGUUCUGGAUGAGUUUAAUCUGAACAAGUACAACACAUCACCGGAGGGAAAACAGAGGCUGAUCCCAGCUGUGAGAAACUGCAGAAAGGCUCAACUUUUUGACUGUGGACUCUCAGAGACUCACUGUGAAGUUGUGGCCUCAGCUCUGAAGUCCAACCUGUCACAUCUGACACAUCUGGACCUGAGCCACAACGACCUGCAGGACUCAGUGAAGGUUCUGUGUGUUGGACUGGAGAGUCCUCACUGUCGACUGGAGACGCUGAGAUUGAGUGGCUGCAGUUUGUCAGAGAUCAGCUGUGAUUCUCUGGUCUCAGCUCUGAAGUCCAACCCGUCGCAUCUGACACAACUGGACCUGAGUAACAACAACCUGCGGGAUUCAGGAGUGAAGCAGCUGUGUGAUUUUCUGGAAAAUCGUCAGUGUCGACUGGAGAUUCUGAGACUGAAUGUGUGUGACCUGUCAGAGAGAAGCUGUGAAGCUCUGUCCUCAGUUCUCAGCUCUCAGUCCUCUAGUCUGAGAGAACUGGACCUGAGUAACAACAACCUGCAGGAUUCAGGAGUGAAGCUACUGUCUACAGGACUGAAGAGUCCUCACUGUCGACUGGAGAUGAUCAGGCUGUCAGGCUGUCUGCUCUCAGAGGAAGCUUGUGUCUCUCUGGCCUCAGCUCUGAGCUCCAACCCCUCCCAUCUGAGAGAGCUGGACCUGAGCUACAAUCAUCCAGGAGACUCAGCAGUGGAGCUGCUGUCUGCUGGAGUCAGGGAUCCACACUGGAGACUGGACACUCUCAGGGUGGAGCCUGCUGGAGUCCCAAUAAGUCUAAGAAAGUAUUUCUGUCAACUCACCAUCGACACAAACACAGUGUACAGAGACCUACAACUGUCUGACAACAACAGGAAGGCGACAUAUGUGGUGAAGAAUCAGUCGUAUCCUGACCAUCCAGACAGAUUUGACUACUGGGCUCAGUUGCUGACUAGUAAUGGUCUAACUGGUCGCUGUUACUGGGAGGUUGAGUGGAAAGUAAAAGUUGAUAUAGCAGUGAGUUACAGAGGAAUCAGAAGGAAAGGAAACAAUGGAGACUGCAUAUUUGGACUGAAUUAUCAGUCCUGGGCUCUGGUCUGCUAUAAUGGUGGUUACUAUGUCAGACACAAUAACAUAUUAACCUCCACCUCCUCCUCUGGGUCUCAAAGAGUAUCGGUGUAUCUGGACUAUCCUGCUGGUUCUCUCUCCUUCUAUGAAGUCUCCUCUGACAAACUGAUUCACCUUUACACCUUCAAUGCUACAUUCACCGAACCUCUUUAUCCUGGGUUUGGGUUCUGGAAUGGUGGUUCCUCAGUGUCUCUGUGCGAUCUGUAGUAGUGAGAGUUUGAUUCUGUCAGAGAAACAUUGUGACUGUUGAACAUAGUUUUAAUAUCUUAUAUAACCAAGCUGGUUUAGCUUGUGGUAGUGUAGUGUAGUGGUAUAAUAACUUGGUGGUCACUCAAACAGUUUCAAGCAGACACAACAUGUGGAAGAACAAACAUGUUACCUGAUAGAAUUAAAGAGACAAUUGCUGUAAAGCGAUUUACGAAGAAUAUUACGGUUGCUUGCGCAAAAUCCAAGUGUAGGACGAUCCAAAUACAUCUUUAGCAACAGAUUCCUGGCAGACAGUCACUUUUUGGCACAAGAUACUUUGUGUCAUUGACUUCAUCUGCGGAUCUCACCUUUGAGAACUUGGGAGGGUCCAGUGUGCGCACAAACCAGUGCUGUGUUCAGGGAACAGCUGGAUAAUGGUGUGUUAAGUGGAUUGAGUGGUGACUGGAAUUUAAAGUUCAUUUAAUCUGCAACUUUAACCUAUUAUAAUAAUAAAUCUUUUAAUGCUGUUUGUUGUUACUUUCAGCAGUUAUUUGCUAGUUGCUUGUAUCCAAAGUUGGGAAGACUGAGCCGUAUGUUGUGUGUUUGUGUUGUCACCAAAAGACACACCAAAAUAGAAUAAUUUAUAAUCCAUGAACAUCUAUAUUAGUACGUGUGAUGCUUGGGCAUUAGUGGCUUAUUAUAUUACUAAAAUCAUACAUAUAUGCCCUUUAGUACAGUUUUACCUUAUGUGUUGUAGCUUUAUAUUUAUCCUUUUGUCUUUAUAGAGGAAACAAAGCAAAAGCAAUUUAAUUGGUGCUUAAAUGCUUCUCAAUCCCCACAGUCACUGUUGACGGGACCUCUUUUUGGGUUACUGGUCUUCAUUACUUGUCAGUGGAUGAAUGUCACCACCUGCUAUACCACAGUGUGCAUGUAGAG